CCAAAUCCAGGCUGCGACUCCCUGCCAUGGGGCGCCUCUUGUGGCUGCUGCUGGCGAUCUGGGCGGGUCUGGGCGCUAAGAUCGACGAGGGCCCAGAGCUGGCCUCGGAGCAGAUCUUCCAGGAAGCGGUGCUCGAAGCAAAGUACUUCGACCUCAAGGAGAGACACGGCGUAGCAGAUCGUCGAACCUUAGAGGCCUUCUUUGAGCUCUUCGAUCUUUGGAUCAUGCUGUACCGCCUCAACAAGAUCGACGAGGCCAUGGUGGAGGUUCUUCCGGCCUGCCAAUGGCGCCAGGACCAGCUCACCAUCAAAGCGAUCCAGGCGGUGGCCUUCCUUCGCUGGAAGCAGGGCAGGCACCGGGAGGCCUUGGCGCGGUUCCACGAGAUGGAAGGUACACUUGGGAAGAACCCGGCCAUUUGCGAGAACAUUGGGCACACUUACAAUGCGUUGGGCAUGCCCAAGGAGGCAGAGCAGUACUUCCAGCAGAGCCUAGUCUUUGUUGAGGCCAACUUCGCAGGAGCUGCGGAGAACAAGGGUGGGGCCUUGCUGGGCCUCGCGGGGGUCCGCGAGAAGCAGCUGAAGAUCCCCGAAGCGCUGGAGGCAGCGCAGCAGGCCUACGACUUCUACAAGUCUCGAGACCAGGAGCGCGGCUGGGAGUCCUCCCUGACUGCCAAGGCAGCAAUGGCAGUAAGCAAGAUGCAGUUGAAGCUUGAGAACCUGGACGAUGCGGAAGCAAAGGCACAGGAAGCCGUGCGGCUCUUUGAGUCCACCUCUGGGGAGGACUCGCCGCUCUUGGCCAGCGCCUGGAAAAGGCUUGGUGAAGUGCAAAUGAAACAGGAGCGAUUUGUGGAUGCGCGCAUUGCCUUCCACAUGUCAUACAAACUGGAGGCGAUCAAAGAUGCUUUCGACCUCACCGAAAUAGUGAUUGUUCACCAAGCCCUGAUGGAUGCACACCUUGGCCGGGGUCCUCUGGACCGCACGAUCUUCCGGAGCUACUUUGGCACCAUCUCGCAGGCCCUGCAGCGAGUGCGGAAGCUGAAGCAGGACGGCAACGCGGGGGCCUUCUACAAGCUUGCAGGGGAGGUGUGAUGCCACGGCAGCGAGUCGCCGGUGUUUUGUCUUUGUGCUUGGCAACGACUGCAAGGCUGGAGAGCCGCUGUUGUCCAUGGCCGUGUCGCUCUUGCAGAUGGAGACGGAGAUCGAUACCAGGCCAAUGGUAAAAGCUUCUCGAGACCUCAUCAGCUUUUGCAAGGGUACCUAUGUGCCGCCACGCGCCGAG